UGGUUUUCGACAUAAUCACAUGUCACCCGGCACUUUCACUGUUUCGGUCAUAACCUUCUCACAAUUCCAACUAAUAGCUGAAAAUUAUAAAUCGAACUUGUUGGGAACUUGUUGUGUUUAUGCAGUGAACUAUGAUUGACGAACGCUUCUUCGACAUUGACGAGGACCUGGACUACUCGCACAGCAGUCUGGACUCUGGGCAGCCGGACACCCCCAUCCGGUCGCCGUUCGACGACACGGUCCGCAGCAUCCAGCUGGCCCGGCGACUGGCCGGACUGGAGAAUCCUCCCGGCGGACGCGACGAGUUCACCAUUAUGUCGGAGGCACGGGAACGGGACCGGGAAAAGAAGGCGAUGGAUCGGUUCCUGAACACCAAGCUGGUCAGGGACGGACUGCCGGUGGACACGCCUCUGCCGAUCUAUUUGUCAUUCCGGGAGCCGCGGGGCGUCAGUCCGCCCAGUCACUGGGAUGCGACUGGGCCACACAAGAAGUGCCACCACCACCACUAGAACAAGAAGAAGUACCUGACAUGGGAGCAGAACACCCGAGGAGUUCUCUCAGACGCGCCACAGUUCCUACACUCCCGAAUGGUCUACAGAAUAAGUUAGAAAGCUAGCAGCCAGUAUCCUGUGCCAGGCGAGUCCUUGUGCCGCCUGUACUUUUGCAUUUCGGGGCCAUCGAGUCCUGGCAGCCUUAACCCGCAUCCUGUCGAGGCUGUCAGUAAUGACCCACUUGUGCUCCAUCCACCCCACUACUUCCCCCAGCUGUUUAUUGCAUUCAAAUGCCCACUCAUCAAAAUCAAAAGUCAAAUUGUCUGUCCGAGCCAGGCCAGGGAGGCAGUCGUAAGCAGAGGGAUUUGGCCAAAAAGAGCUGCCAGUUUGGCCUUUUUGCAGUUCUAAGCCUUCGCAGAACCAUCAGGAGUUUAUUUUUCAGUUUUUUCCUCAAAUUUUAUCAAAAUUCUCCUCAAAAACUGUGUCGCCAAAAAAAUCUAGCUAUUAUAAUGAUUAAGAUUAGUUGUUUAACGAAUAAAUGAACUUUUACAAAUGUUA